GAGAGAGAGAGAGAGAGAGAGGGGAGUAAGAGGAGGAGCAGCAGGAGGAGGGACUGUUCUCCUCCCAGGCUGUUGAUACAGCAGUGCAGCGGGCAGGAGGAGCAGGAGGAGCCAGGGGGGCGGGGUUCAGCCCAGUCCGACCCGGGAGAGUCUGCGUGUGUAGCGGGAGAUGGAACCGCGCGUGGACCGCGUCAGAGCGAACAGAGUCCGGCGGGGAGCGUGAGGCGUUGAAGGGAGGGAGGACCGGGGCGUAUCGGUCACACUCUGGGCUCGUUCUGCUCCCUGAAGCACGCAUGUUGGUGAGCAGCGACCGGGUCCCGGGGGGGACUCUCCCCGCCCCGCAGAACCCCGCAGAACUGGACGAGCUGUCGCCCCUUACGUCGGAGAACUGCUACGAGCGACUGUCUCUGGCCAAGAGGCAGGGCCUGUUGGACCUGAAGGAGCGCUGCUACGCCUUCAUGAGCGACCACUUCCUGGCGGUGCUGCGGACCCCCGCGGUGUACGGGCGCCUCACGGCGGGGGAGCGGGAGCGCGUGCUGGCGCGGCGCCUGGGCGGCAAGAGGCUGCUGGCCGUGGCGGAGGUCGACGAGGCGCAAGACCGGGUGCUGGGGGGCGGCAGCAGACCCCCCAGCCGGGACAGCAGCCGACCCCAGAGCCCCCUGGACCCCCAGAGCCCCCUGGAGCCCCAGAGCCCCCCGGGGUCGAGCCCGUCCCCGGAGGACCCGCCGCAACACCGACGUCACAUUUUCUGCUACGAGGAGCAGACAAAGGAGUGGCGCGCGCUGACCGCGCUGCCGGAGCAGGUGAGCACGCGCGGCGCGGGCAUGUGCACGCUCUACAACUACCUGUUCGUGGCGGGGGGGCUGGUCAGGGGGGGCGGCGGCAGCAGGGCGUCGGACCGCGUCUUCUGCUACAACCCGCUGACAGACGCCUGGAGUGAGGCACGCCCCCUGGCGCAGGCGCGCGCUCAGCUUAAGCUCGUAGCCGUGGACGGCCACCUGUUCGCGGUGGGCGGAGAGUGCCUGUUCACGGUGGAGCGCUACGAUCCGCGCGUGGACCGCUGGACCCCCGUGGCGGCGCUGCCCAGAGGCGCGUUCGCGGUGGCGCACGAGGCGACGGCGUGCGGGGGGGACCUGUUCGUGUCCGGCGGCUCGCUCUUCUACCGCCUGCUGCGCCUCGACGCGCGGCGCGGUGAGUGGGAGGAGUGCGCCUUCAACGACAGCCGGAAGAAGUCAACGGACAUGGUGGCGCACGGGAGCUCAAUCUACCGCUUCGACGUAAACCGCGCGCACGGCAGCGUGAACGUUUGCAAGUACAACACGGUGGUGAGGGCGUGGCAUGACGGCGCGUCCCAUGCGCUCGAAGCCGCGCAGCCGUUCCGCUGCGCCGUGCUGGGGGACCGCAUCUUCUGCGUCAACAGGUCCCACGUGCUGCAGUUCGAGGUGGGCGGGGGCCGGGAGCGCUUCCUCCCGGAGGUCCUCGAGACCCCGGCCGGAGCCCGCGGGGCGCUGGUCCCCUUCGUCCUCUCUCUCGGCCAAUCAGACUGAACCGCCACGCAGCACCGAUAGAACCGACUAUAAAACACCGAACUCGGUCCAGUAGGACUGAUUCACUGGUCUGUAGGUCUCAAUGCUUAAUAGGGAACUUUAUAACUGUUCCUUGACUUGAGUACGCAUGCUCAGUCAAUGGGCGAAGGGAAUCUUCCACAGUGCCGUGUAGCAAGGCACUGCUGCACUAUGACCCUCCAUGACGUCUAGACUGUUUGACUUUAUGAAUGUUUCUGCUGCUUCGUGUUCUCUGGAGUACGACUUCUCUGGUGCAGUCCCUGUAACACUAAUCCCCCUAUCAAUAACCCCCUACCCCCAUAUCAGUUACCCCCCUAUCACUCACCUCCCCUAUUACUAAUCUCCCUAUCACUAACACCCUACCCCUAACCCCCAUAUCAGUACACUAACCCCCCCUACCCUUAACCCCCCUAUAACUAACCCCCCUAACCUUAACCACAAUAUCACUAACCCCCCAUCAUACGUAACACAAACCCCAUUCGUCGUGUUGUCGACUUCGGUUUUUUUGGCGGGAUGCUACACGCUAACCACGAGCCAAGCCUGUGCUUGCUAGCUAACAUUAUCUUAGAAGUGGUAACGGUUUGGUUCCUUUGGUUCAGAUCAGCGUGUCCUGAUCACCUUCUUUAGCGCAUCCUGGGAAAUACGCACCAGAAAAGUCCUGCUCCUGUUAAUGUGGCCGAACACGAAAAGUGGCGGGUUCUAACACAGCUCCGCCCUCUCUCUCUUCCGAGGUUCCCUAUUGGUCGAUUAUGACCAAUAGCGUUCCUGUUUGUUUGAAUGUCUAAACUUCUUAUCUUUCUACGACUAACGUGCCAACUCUUCUACUCUUCUUCAGCGAGGCCUUUGAGCGAGGGAAUGUCAUUUAGCGUUCGCCAAUGUAGCCUGGAAAUAAAAAAAACCCUUUACUGGAAACAUC